AUGGGUAAAGUUUCAAAAGCUACUAAAAAGUUUCAGACGAAACACUUGAAGCAUACGUUGGACCAUAGAAAGAAGUUAAAAGAUCAUUCUAAGAGAACCGCCGGUCGUAGGGGUAAUAAGACAGAAGAAGAAAAGAAUGCAGCUGCGUUGACCAAAGAAGAUCAAAAGUUGAAGAAGUCCGCUAAGGAAGAAGUCUUCAACGACAUGAAGGUUGAAGAGUUCUUCGACAAUGGGUUCGAUAUUCCAAAAAUGUCAAAGAAAAUGGCUAAAGAAACCGAAAAAGCAUCAAAGGUGAAAGAUAAUGAUUCAGAGUCUUCUGCCGAAGAAGAUGAAGAUGUUAAAAUGGAUAUGGAAGAUUUGGCAAAGAAGGAUCCUGAUUUCUACAAAUAUUUGGCAGAGAACGAACCAGAUCUUUUGUCUUUCAAAUCUACCAAUCCUCUAGAUGAAAUAUCAGAUGACGAAGAAGGGCAAGUGGGUGAAGAAGAAGAACUGAAAGAACCUGAUUUAUCAAAGUCCAAGAAGGAGGAAAAAGAUAGCAAAAUUGCCGUCGACAUAAAGCUCGUAAAUAAAUGGAAGAAGGAUUUAAAAAAUAGCCCAUCUUUCAAAACUAUCAGAAGUGUGGUUUCAGCUUUUAAAGCUGCUGUGAACAUGAACAACGAGGAAAAUGUAGACGAUUACAAGUUCACAGUUCUUGAUGAAAAAGCCUUCCACGAGUUAAUGUUCGUUGCCCUUGUGGAUAUGCCAAAAGCCGUCCAAAAAUUGACACCUUAUAGGGUCAGUAAGAAUGAAACCAGAACUCUCCCAUCAAAUAAAAAUGUUACAAAAUUGUCCUCUGUUUUGAAAUCGCACGUUCCAUCUCUUAUCGUUCUCCUAAGUGACAUCACAAACACAGACGUCGCUUCAAUGAUUUUGCAUUCUACCUAUGAGCUAUUACCAUACUUUAUUUCAUUUAGAAGAUUACUAAAAGAAUUAAUUUCUCAAGUCGUCGAAGUUUGGUCCACUACUGGAGACGUUGAAACUCAAAUUGCCACAUUCGCGUUUUUGAACAAUGCCUCUCGUGAAUAUAAGAAAGCUUUAUUAGAAGUUGUAUUGAAGUCCACGUAUUCUACUUUCAUUAAAAGUUGUCGUAAAACUAACAUCAGAAACAUGCCUCUAAUCAAUUUCCAAAAGAACUCUGCUGCUGAACUUUUCGGUAUUGAUGACGUUAUAAGUUAUCAAUCGGGUUUCGAAUAUAUCAGACAACUAGCCAUUCACUUGAGAAACAGUAUCAAUGCCACAACUAAGAGGUCCUCAAAGGUGGACCCAUCAAGUGCUUACAAGAUUGUAUAUAACUGGCAGUUCUGUCACUCUUUGGACUUCUGGUCUCGUGUUAUAUCCAUCCAAUGUAACCCAGAAAAGGAAAACGGCCACGAAUCCCCUCUUAGACAAUUGAUUUACCCACUAGUCCAAGUUACCAUUGGUGUCAUUAGAUUGAUUCCAACAGCACAAUUUUUCCCAUUGAGAUUUUAUUUGAUCAGAUCCUUGAUCAGAUUAUCUCAAAACACUGGUAUCUUCAUUCCAGUUUACCCAUUAUUAUCUGAGAUUCUCUCCUCUACUGCAUUCACAAAGAAACCUAGAAAGUCAACGUUACCUGCAUUUGACUUUGAUCAUAACAUCAAGUGUACACAAGCAUACUUGGGGACAAAAAUAUACCAAGACGGGCUAGCUGAGCAAUUUGUAGAUUUGCUAGGUGAGUACUUUGUUCUAUACUCCAGAAGCGUUUCAUUCCCAGAAUUAACAACGCUUGCCGUUAUCUCAUUACGUCGUUAUAUCAAGAAUUCUGAGAAUGUAAAGUUUAACAAGAUGUUGCAAAACGUGGUAGAUAAAAUCAACCAAAACGCUCAAUUCAUUACAAAGAAGAGAUCAGAUGUAGACUUCGGACCAAACAACAGAACAGAAGUAGAAAAAUUCUUAAAUGAAAUAUCGUGGAAAGAUACUCCUCUUGGUUCCUGGGUUGCUAUCCAAAAUGAGGUUAAGGAAGAAAAGGCCAGACUCUUAAGAGAAUCCUUGGAAUCUGACGAUGAUGAAGAAGAAGAAAAUAUUUCUGACGGAGCCCAAGACAUAGUAAUGGAUGAUGCUGAAUCUGAAGCAGAUGAAUAA